AUGGCUCUAAGUGGCAACUGCAGGACUUACCUUCCUGCCCGGGAGCAGGGGCCGGGGCUGCACUCCUUCCCCGAGGUGGUGGAGCUCAACGUGGGCGGCCAGGUUUACUUCACUCGCCACUCCACCUUGGUAGGCACCCCUCACUCCCUGCUCUGGAAAAUGUUCACCCCAAAGAGAGACACAGCCAACGAUCUGGCCAAGGACUCCAAGGGAAGAUUCUUCAUCGACAGAGAUGGUUUCCUGUUCCGCUAUAUUCUGGACUAUCUCAGGGACAAGCAAGUGGUUCUGCCCGACCACUUCCCAGAGAAGGGGAGGCUCAGGAGGGAGGCCGAGUACUUCCAGCUCCCGGACCUGGUCAAGCUCCUGACUCCCGAUGACACCAAGCAAAGCCCUGAUGAUUAUUGCCACAGCGACUACGAAGAGGUGUCCCAGGGCAGUGACACCAGAAUUUGCCCCCCCUCGUCGCUCCUGCCGCCGGACCGCAAGUGGGGAUUCAUCACCAUCGGCUACCGUGGCUCGUGCACCAUUGGCAGGGAGAGCCAAGCAGAUGCCAAAUUCAGGAGGGUCCCAAGGAUUUUGGUUUGUGGAAGGAUUUCUUUGGUCAAAGAGGUUUUUGGAGAAAGUUUGAAUGAAAGCAGAGACCCGGACAGGGCUCCAGAAAGGUACACCUCCAGGUUUUAUCUCAAGUUCAAGCACCUGGAGAGGGCUUUUGACAUGUUGUCCGAGUGUGGAUUCCACAUGGUGGCCUGUAACUCCUCGGUGACGGCUUCCUUCGUCAACCAGUACACAGACGACAAGGUCUGGUCCAGCUACACCGAAUACGUCUUCUACCGUAAGUACCAGCGGCGGGGGGAGAGAGGGCCGAGCUCCGGCUGCCGUGCCGCCGAGCGAGGGUCCCGCAGCGCGGGGAGCGCCCGUGCCCGCGCCCGCCCAGGCUCGGGCCGUGCUCAGAUCCGGGGCACACCUCUCCGUGCGGGCUGUGCAGGUGAAGCGGGGCUGAGCUCGGCGGGCCGGGCCUGGCUAGGUGGCAGCACAGACUGCCGAAAGCGCCGUGCCUGUGCCCGGAGGACGAGGCGCCUCUGGCGCUGUAAAUCAGCGCCCGAGUGCCUCGCACGCUUCCCGGGACGCGAGCCCUCCCGCUGGUCCUCGUCCCACUGUGACUGCUGCUGCAAGAACGGCAAGGGCGACAAGGAGGGCGAGAGCGGCACGUCCUGCAACGAGCUGUCCACGUCGAGCUGUGACAGCCAGUCCGAGGCCAGCUCCCCCCAGGAGACCGUCAUCUGCGGGCCUGUCACACGCCAGCCCAACAUCCAGACUCUGGACCGGCCGGCCAAGAAGGGCCCGGUGCAGCUGCUGCAGCAGUCCGAGAUCCGCAGGAAGAGCGACCUGCUCCGGACUCUCACCUCCGGCUCCCGCGAGUCCAACUCCAGCAAGAAGAAAGCGGUGAAGGAGAAGCUCUCCAUCGAGGAAGAGCUGGAAAAAUGCAUCCAGGAUUUCCUCAAGAUCAAAAUCCCAGACAGGUUUCCCGAGAGGAAGCACCCCUGGCAAUCGGAACUGCUGCGGAAGUACCACCUUUAG